CUGGCCCACUGGCCUGAAUACUUCAUAGUUGCUGAGGCUCCUGGAGGUGAACUGAUGGGAUACAUCAUGGGGAAGGCGGAGGGCUCGGUGGCGAGGGAGGAGUGGCACGGCCACGUCACGGCGCUGUCGGUGGCGCCCGAGUUCAGGAGGCUGGGCCUGGCCGCCAAGCUCAUGGAGAUGCUGGAGGAGAUCUCAGAGAGGAAGGGGGGGUUCUUCGUGGACCUGUUUGUGCGCGUUUCCAACCAGGUGGCGGUGAACAUGUACAAGCGCCUGGGCUACAGCGUCUACAGGACGGUGAUCGAGUAUUACUCCGCCAGCAACGGGGAGCCGGACGAGGACGCCUACGAUAUGAGGAAAGCUCUGUCCAGAGACACGGAGAAGAAGUCCAUCGUCCCGCUGCCACACCCCGUUCGGCCCGAGGACAUCGAAUAA